AUGUCUUCGACAGACGCUCCUGACCCGUCGGCUACGCCGACAAUCCAUUCCCCUUCGUCCGCCGACUCGACUCCCUCCCCGACCGUCUCGAGCACCACUACGGCUUCGGCCAAUCGGCGUCCUCAUCGGAAGAGCACUUUGACUCAACAACAAAAGAAUAACAAGCGUCAACGUGCUACCCAAGACCAGUUGGUCACGCUCGAACUGGAGUUCAAUACGAACCCUACCCCCACAGCCGCCACGCGGGAAAGAAUCGCCCAGGAGAUCAAUAUGACUGAACGGUCCGUUCAGAUCUGGUUCCAAAACAGGCGGGCCAAGAUCAAAAUGCUUGCGAAAAAGAGCAUUGAAACCGGCGAAGGCUGCGAUUCGAUCCCGGAAUCCAUGCGCCAGUAUUUGGCCAUGCAAUUUGACCCUAGCAAGCCAGGCUCACGGGAUCCAUUUGGCCGCACAGGAGGGUAUGGAGCCGGCGGCGGAUUCCCGAACGAAGCUACCCCCUCUGGCAAGGUGGUCAUUCAUCAUUUCACUUGUCGAUCCUUGACAAUCGGUAGCUGGCGGCGCAUCGGACAGAAUGCCAUGGACCUGGUGGUUUUUUACUCCCCGGAGAAGGCAUGCAUGACUUAUUACAUCAAUAAUGACUCUGCCGGAUACAAGAUUGAAUACCCCUUUUCCUAUAUCAAGAACAUUACUUUGGAGUCUGGGGAACAUCAGUCUAAUGGUGUUCCUCCUAGGCCCGGUGGCCUCGUUGUCGAGUUGAAUCGCCCACCACUCUUCUACAUGGAUUCCUCUAACUCCGGGGGUUUCUAUCAAUGUGGCGAUUUCACCGAGGAUCAGCAAGCUAGUCAGCUUAUGGUCCAUCACCUCGGGGGUCAUCCGAAAGUUCUCAGUGUUCAACUCGCUAAGCUGGUGUCGUUGGAGUCCUUCCAAAACCGCUUGGCCUACGGCAACUUCGCAAUGAGUGCACCAGUAUCCCCUGCCUUCAUUCAGCGCCCCGCUUCGCAACCAAACCAGUUCGCCCCCGCCCUCAUGGGCGUGUUCCCAGAUCGCUCUCACCUAACUGUCCCAACUGCUGCUCGAGGUCACAAGCGACAGAGGAGCCGCUCUGUUCCCGUGGCUGUCGACUUUUCGGCCAUGCAAGUCCCUCUCUCUUACAACAUGCCACAGACGCCGGCACCAUUUCACCAUACCGACUCGAGCAUCUACGCUCCAGUUCCCCAGCCAGCUCAUCCCUUGGCUAUGAAUCUCCGUAUUGAUACCUCUGCUGCCUACGGGUUCGACCCGCGGGGCCAUCCCAUGUCGGCCACGACAACAGCCUCCCCAUCCGAUUUCGCCAGCCCCUCGAUCUUCACCACCAGCCACGGCGAAACCACCCCCGUCGCCUCGAGCAUGGGAACGCCGUUCAAUAUGUCAUUUGUUUCCCCGCAAGUGGACACCUCAAAUCUGGCGACGCAAUCAGCUUCGCCGUACUCUACCGUCAGCCAUGCGGAUCCCAUGAUCGCAGACCAUUCCCCCCCUUUGUCGAAUGUGGCACACACAUCCCAGGAAAUGUAUACUCUGAGAAGCGACAAUCAUUCUAACUUUGCCGACGAGGGCAUGUCAAUGAAUGGAAUGUAUCCUAAGCAUAAUAUAAACUUCACCUUGCAAACCUCCAUGGGACUGAACAGCAAUACUUUUGAAUUGCCUGUGCAGGGAUUGCGUACCCAUGCAUCGCCAGGUGUUCAGGGCGAUUAUCACAGUAUGACCUCUAUGGAGAAUGUUGACCCUAACUCUAUGGCCCCCGGAUCGUGA